AUCAUGUUGAACGGUUGAAUCAUUUUUCUCUCUCUUCCUUUCCUCUCUUCUUACACUCUCCUAGAAUCAGAUUUUUCUGGUUAUCUUCAUAUUGAACAGUAUACCUGCACCUGCAAUUUAAUUAGCAAAACAGAGAAGUUAUUGUUGAUAUUGGUUGUAUAACUGCAAGAGAUCAAUGGACAUGAUAAAAAAACCAGUGAAAAGGCAGGUAGAUGUAUUGAGGCCUCCACCUCCUGAGCAACCACCCUGGCUUAUAUAUACACACGGAACUUCUAAGAAAAAACAGAUACAAACCUUCUUCACCAUCUCCGACAACAAUUCCUACCUCAAGAGUAUCCCUAUCUUGCGCGGUAAAUCCAUCUGUGGUUCCUGUCAUGGCUGGUUGAUUCUACGCGAUUCCAUCGAUCCAAAACAAUUCUCUUUAUUCAAUCUGGUCACUGAGCAAUCUCUACUUCUACCUCCAUUGUCGUCAUUACCAAUGUCAACUUUAGGAGAUACAGAGUUAUCAACAUGUACGCUCACAUCACCCCCAUAUUCAGAGGGUUGUAUACUUUUCUUGUUUUUCGCAGACCAAGUAUUUUCUUGUCGUCCUACAAGUAAGGAUGAGGAUGGUACUAGUAUUAGUUCCAGUUGUAGUUGGGUUAGUCAAAAAGUUGAUAUUGAUGGUAAAAGAACAGGGUUAUACUCUGCCAUUAGUCACAAAGGUUUAAUAUAUUGCUGCGCUCUUUCUCCUGUCCACCGUAUAUUGUUAUUAUGUAUGAAGGUUGCUGAUGACCCCUCCAACACACUCACUAAGUUCUUGCAGUUGGAGGAGCCAAUUUGCACCUUUCGUCGCGCUACUAGUAACUACUACAUAGUUGAAUCCUGUGGUCAUAUAUAUUGGGUCUGUCCUUGUUCACGCUAUGGACAGGACUUGAGCAUCAACGAUGUGGAAAUUUGGGAAUUGGAUAUGCAUUCCAAAAAAUGGGUGCACGUCAAGUGUUUGGGUGGUCGUGCCUUUUUUGUUGGUCUUAAUUGUUCCACUUGGUGUUGGGCAUCCAAUGGACUUCAAGAGAAUUGUGUCUACCUUCUUGUUCCAUCCGAAAACGAUAAGAUUUUUUACUCUUACAGCCUAGAUGAGAAAAGUUUAACUGUUUUUCGGCCUCUCCCAAACUUGAAGACACCAUACAGCACUCCUGUGUGGUUUAAUGCGAUGCCACAACAUGAACAUCAAAGGUUAUUAGCUUGGCAUGAUGUGCAAAGAUCACUAGAAUUUACUCAGAUUGGUAGCAGUAUCCAACCACAUGAAAAUGAAAGACGAGAAAGCGAAUGCAAGCCAACCAAGUUACCUGAAGAUAUACUAUGGUUGAUCUCAAAGCAUUUGCAUUUGUUUGAUUAUUGGAACUUUCAAGCUAGUAGCAAGGUAUUUCAUUCAGCAAGCCCCUUAGUACCUCAACGAAGACCCCAUAACUUGCUCCCUUUGUUUAUAUUCUUUAAGAAUAACAGCGGAUUAUGUCAAGUAAUCGACCCAACUCGAGAUGAUUCACAAUAUAACAUCCUCCAAGUUUCUUCAGAUCCUUUUACUGUUGAUUGUUCUAAGGAUGGGUGGAUCGUUGUAUGUUUAAGGGAAUCAAUAAAGUUCUUCAAUCCUUUUAUGAAGGUGAAAGGGGAUUUCCCUCCUAUAAGAAACAUAUUAACUCAUGAAGUUAGUGGAAUCGGAUUUUCAACCAAUCCUACUUCUCCAGAUUGUUUAACUGUUCUAUUUGAAAAUCAUGUUGAAGGGAUAGUCAUCUUCUACCUUCGAUAUGGAGAUGAAACAUGGACUCGUUGUCAAAUUGUCAAUGAAGAUGCAAUUAGAUUUGAUGUUGUAACUACUAGUUCUGUUUAUUUUGGAGGGGCAUUUUAUUUUAUUGACGUCGAAGGAUGUCUUGGAGAAUUUAGAUUGGUAGGUGAUGAAGAAAGUUGGCAAGUAUACGAUUAUCCGAUUGAAGUAGACUUGAGACUUCAUUCAUGUCAUCUAGUUGAGUGUAAUGGAAAACUCUUUGCUGUAUACAUUGGUUAUAUGGGAUCAUGGUUAAAAGUGUUUAACUUCUUCAAUCAUCCAGAAGUAAAAUGGGUUCAAGUUGAAAGCCUUGGUAAAUACAGUUUGUUUAUUAACAACUCAUCAUCCUUUUCAAAAGAGAUUUCCGAGGAAAUGGGGAUAAGAAAUAGGAUCUAUCUUUCAAGACUUUAUGGAGAUUCUAUCAUCUUUUAUUCUUUUAAGACAGGCAAGUUUCAUAUUGAUGGAGGUGAUGGUUCGUUGAAGGAUUUUAGCGGUACUAAGAAGCCUAUGCGGAGUUGUUGGAUCUAGCUUCGUCUUUGUUUGGCAACUCCAAGGUAGGGGAUGAUAACUCAGUCCGGAUUCGACUCUAGUCUGCCCCGAUUCGAAGGAAAAAAAAUCCGAGUCGACUUCGACCAAAAGUAAUCCGACUCCGUUUAAAAAGUCCGACUCCAAAGUUAUGUUACCCAAGAAGACAUGUAAGUCAAAAGAUGUUAACUUUUUGAGAGCACACACUUGUUGGUUUUAUUGCAUAACUACUUUCUGUAUUAUCUUGACGUACAUUUGUUCAAAUGUAAGUAUUACUUGUGAUUUUCUAGUGUGAUUAUUAAAAUAUUUACAAUGAA